GCAACCAGCACCAAAUAGAUAUACUCUAUCUGCUGACCUUGAGAAAUGCGAAUGAAUUUGCAUUUUCAGUCUUUAGCUCUUUCUUUUGAUUAUCUCUUCCUUAUCUCUCAAUUAACAAUUAACCCAGGGUUUUGGUGCCCAUCAUUUAUAUUCUUGUUAACACGAGGAACCCCUCGGGAAAAGAAAUUAACAGGGCAAAAGCCAUGGAAAUAGUAGAGGAAGAGAGCAGCAGCUGGGUAUGCGGUGUUUCUCAUCUUGUUCCUUCUGUUCAAGAAUUAGCCAAGAAGCCCAUAACCACCCUUCCACCCAGAUAUAUACAGCAAGAUCUCGAUGAUAGUGAUGCUCGAGACCAAAAAAACAAGAUCGAUUCCGACGACGCGCGCAGUUCUGUACAGCCUGAAAUACCAACCAUCAACUUCGAGAAACUGCUUUCCAGGAAAGAAUCGAACAGUUCUCAUGAUUCUGAUGAACUGGCUAGGCUCCACUUGGCUUGCAAAGAGUGGGGUUUCUUCCAGUUGGUAAACCAUGGGGUGAGCUCUUCUUUGUUGGAGAAAAUUAAGACAGAAAUUCAAGACUUCUUCAACCUCUCGAUAGAGGAGAAGAAAAGGUUAUGGCAGCAUCCAGACGAAAUGGAGGGUUUUGGACAACUCUUUGUCGUUUCCGAAGAGCAAAAACUUGAUUGGGCUGAUGUUUUCUUCCUCACCACCCUUCCCGUCCGGAUGAGGAAGCCUCACUUAUUCCCGGAGCUCCCUACUCCUUUCAAAGACACCUUGGAGAUGUACUCAUUGGAACUGAACAACCUAGCCAUGGCUAUCCUGACACAAAUGGAAAAUGCUUUAAAAAUUGAUGCCAAGGAAUUGACCGAGUUAUUUGAAGAUGGAAUGCAAUCCAUGAGGAUGAAUUAUUAUCCUCCAUGUCCUCAGCCGGAGAAAGUCAUCGGCUUUACUCCACAUUCGGACGCCUCGGGCCUCACCAUCCUCCUGCAAGUCAAUGAAAUUGAAGGUCUCCAAAUCAAGAAGGACGGGAUUUGGGUUCCCGUUAAGCCACUUGCUGAUGCCUUUAUUGUCAACAUCGGAGACGCUUUGGAGAUUAAAACAAAUGGGACUUAUCGUAGCAUUGAGCAUCGAGCAAUUGUAAACUCCGAAAAAGAAAGACUCUCAAUCGCGACAUUUUGCAACCCGAGAUUUGAUGGUGAAAUUGGACCAGCCUCUAGCUUGAUCACGGAACAAACACCUGCUGCAUAUACAAGAAUCGGAGUGCAAGACUACACCAAAGCCUUUUUUGCGCGUAAGCUUCAAGGAAAAUCUUUUCUUGAUGAUCUCAAAGUAUAAAUUAAGUUCUUCGGGUACCUAAUAUGUUAAGAUCAUCAAGAUGAAUAUUGUGUACUCAAUUGGUAAGUCUAGAAUAAAGUGAUCAGAUAAUAGCAAACUUCAACAGUCAAAAGUGUGAAUGGUCUCUCCUCUGACUCUCGCAAGAGAGGAUUUUCCGCGGCGGUUUGUUUCGACUGGUGGCAGCUCUGUUCCUUUGACAGAGAAGGGGGUCCCUUCUCCUCUUCCUCGUCUGAUUUGCGGUGGUGACGGCGGGCUAGUUUGUCGGUAUUACCUAAACAUAGGCUUUUGCCUUUUUCUCAUUGCUACUGUUGUUGGUUGUGAUGGCGGUGAUAGACUCUUGGCCGACCGGAUCUUGGAUCAGAGUUGGCUUGGAACGAGGGCGCGCAGGGGUCGCCUCGUCCUGCGGUGGUAGGCCUGGUCUAACUGGGUUCAUGGAACUAUUAGUUAUUUA